AUGGCAGAGGUUUACAUUAAAGGGCUCUAUCACGCGCUAGAGGAUUUAGAUCGUCUCACUAUCGACUCAGCGGGCAUCCUUCUCGAUCCAAAACGAGGUUCCUGGCCACUCGAGGCUACGAUCACCCAGGAUGAUCUCAGCGCCGUGAAGGAUAGGAAGAAUAGGAAGACGAACGAGGCUGAAAAUGACAUAGCCUCGAUAUUGAAAUAUGUCGAGAGCUUUUCAGAUACGCAAAGCUUCGCUGAAUCUACAAUGGCCUCGAUUCUGGCUGUAUCGACAUCCAUACCAUCGUCGGCAUCCAUGCUAUCGUCUAGAAUUUGGGACUAUAGGGUUGAAUUGUUUGCAAAAGCUAUGGAUAAGAUAUGUAGGGCAGCCAUACCCCAAGACAUGAAACCACCUCGAGACAUUACGUCUCAGACAAUGUCAUCCAUUUUACAGAGAGUUGAAACUGUUGAAGAAUUUGUUGAAAGAUACGAUGCUUGGUCGGGUCAACCCGAGAGGACAAGAGCUUCAGUUGAGCUACAGAUGCACUCUAUCCAGAUAGCUGCGGCUAAUGUUGGUCGGUAUACACCUUCUCCUACGGCUGACCAGAUCGAUGAAAUCAAGGCAGACAUUCGUCGACGAAGGGCUGCUGGCCCUCCGCGGUUCAUUAUCAGCGCUUAUCCUUCUACUUCCAGCGUUCAAUCUUCCCCUGCUAAUUGGAACCCCACAAUUACGGCCUUGAUAUCCCUCAUUACUCUCGUCUCAAUGGUUCCAGGUCUCAUUGGCUGGCAGUACUCCUCCCACACUCGCGGGACGGUAAAAGAUGCGAACUUUUGGUUUCUUGUUCAGUCCUGUCUGGUGCAAAUUCUCGGCGUGGUGAUCACCGUCUUCGCCUUGUUCUCUAGCCCUCGUCUUCCAAAGCAGCCAUGGAACUGGGCGUGGGCGUUCGUUGUGACAAGUAUUGGAUUGACAGCGGGUUCGGUGCCGGCCUAUCUGUACGCACCAACGGAAUGGAGUACUCUCAUGGCAUUCUUAGGUUCGACUGCUCAAAUGUGUGUUGUCUUGCAGGCCAUGUUUACAAUUGAUCAAGUGAGGAUGGAUGAGCAGAUCAAGAAACCAAACUAA